AGGGUGGUUUGACUUGGCCGUCAUCAGAGCAGGAAGUUCUGACUGUGGUUAACCGAGCGGAACAGAGAAGAGGGAGGCUGCUGCUCUACCCUGCCUUAUACACCAUUCCAGCAUGGUGUUCAGACUGUGCAGUCACUGAGACAGGAGAGAAAGAAAGACCUGGGAGAAACAGAAGAGGAAGUAAGGGAAGGACUAACAGAGGAGUCGUACAUAGAAAGUAAGUCCAGAAAAAGCUAAGGAGAGACAACAGAGUGUCUGGAGAGACGAGACAGUUAAGAGAGCAGGAUACAGACUAGAACUUAACAGAACAUACCAGAAACAUUGACUAAAGACUGAAGAUCCAGCGUUACUAUCCCAAGAGGAGAGCCCUUAAGAGGGCAUGUCAUGCAGUCUGUGUGACUACGGAGGAGGCUGUCUGGUCCCUGUGAUGGUGUCUGCAGGUCCAAGUUCUGAGGAUGUUGGCCCUGUGCCUAGGCAGGAGUCUGGCGGUCGGAGGCUGUCCUGGCCGGUCCUGCUGCUGACCCUGGCAGCGGUUACCUCAUCGUCUCUCUCAGCCCUAUCUCUGUUCCACCUGCUGGCCCUCAGGGCUGAGGUGGAGGGGCUCCGGUCAGAGGUCUUUCGCAGGAGAGAGGAGCAACAAGAGGCCAGGCACGAAGAGACACUGCAGCAGAUGAGCAGCAGCUCCAGAACCAGGAGGAGCAGCUCAGACCCUCCACACCCCCCUGAACCCCAGCCCCCUCCACACACCCCUGACCCCCAGCCCCUUCCACACCCCACUGACCCCCAGACUAGGCUGUCCUUCAUCAGGAAGAGGAGUGUGGGCACAGGACUUAAGAACACAGUGUCUCAACCCUGUCUACAGAUGCUGGCAGAUAGCAACAGGAAAACAUUCCAGAAAGAGUUUGCGUUGGAGCCUCACACAGGGAUCCCCUGGCAGGAGGGGCUUAGGAGAGGCUCCGCCCUGGAGGCAGAGAGUGACAGCAUUCUUGUCAGAGAGGAGGGAUACUACUUUGUCUACAGCCAGGUGUACUACAUGGACAGGACCUUUGCCAUGGGUCAUGUGGUGAACAGGAAGAAGAGGAACGUUGUGGGAGAUGAAGCUCAGCAUGUCACACUGUUCCGCUGUAUCCAGAACAUGAACCCUGUCUACCCAUACAACACCUGCUACACAGGGGGUAUAGUGAAGCUGGAGGUCGGGGACAGUGUGGAGCUGCUGAUACCUCGCUCUACAGCCAACAUUUCUCUGGAUGGAGACUCUACUUUCCUGGGGGCCUUUAGACUGGUCUGACCCUGACCAGGGGGGCUGAACCUGGGGGACUAGGGGAUACAAACUGGGGGGACUGGAAGUGGUGAGGUGGUGGAUACUGGCUGUGGUGAAGAAGAGAUAAUGGUUUUACAUUUAAAUGAACUAAUGGCUUGUGGGUCUCAUAGCUUCAUCAUCUUUUCUACUAUGAUGCCAACUGCUUUACACUGUGGCUGAGGGAUGGACGGACAGACAGACUCACAGACUCAUGGCCUAUGACUGGCUGAUGCCUUAUGUGACAGCAGUGUCACCCUCUGUCACUGUGUGAUCUGAAAUGUUUGAGGCUUUUGUUGGCAGGUGGCUCAACGUUCACUCAUGUAGACCUCUUUACAUAUGUUGUUUUGGUCAUAUACUAUGUCAAUACACCUGUUGUUAUGGUCAUAUACAGACAUAGUCAAUACACGUGUUGUUAUGGUCAUAUACAGACAUAGUCAAUACACCUGUUGUUAUGGUCAUAUACAGACAUAGUCAAUACACGUGUUGUUAUGGUCAUAUACAGACAUAGUCAAUACACCUGUUGUUAUGGUCAUAUACAGACAUAGUCAAUACACGUGUUGUUAUGGUCAUAUACAGACAUAGUCAAUACACCUGUUGUUAUGGUCAUAUACAGACAUAGUCAAUACGCAUGUUGUUAUGGUCAUAUACAGUAUAUAUACAUUGUCAAUACACAUGUUGUUUAGGGCUGUGACGAUACCAGUAUCGCAAUAUUUUUUCAAACUCUUUGGCCCUUUAAUGGUGCUCCACACAGGAUUUUUUAAAAUAAUUUUUGCAUUAUAAUUUCAAAAAAUGUCCAUAAUAUA